UUAAAUAUUUGAAAACAAGACGCAUCCGAGAUGGGGAGCAACCAAGGACUAUUGUUUCUUAUUGUGGGGAAGAACGAACCGCUGUACGAGGCCGAGAUCCACAAACGACCCAACACCCCUGGGAGCGCAGAUACCUCCGUCGCUCGCCAGUCCUAUUUCGUGGUACAUUCCUCUCUCGAUCUGGUCGACAACGCGACAUGGACCUCCCAAAAUGUAUGUCUCGGUGCGCUGUGCUGUGUUGUUUUUGUGGGGAUGUGUGCAAUUGGAUGGAACGGAAUCAAACGCACAUGACAACUCUGUUCAGUGCGAAUGCUCUGAAAAUUCAAGUGUUCGCAUAUGAAAAUGUUUAUUGUGAUUGCUGAGCACGAGAUCUGUUCUUAUGCAGAGUAGCUUGUCGUGGUUGGAACGUCGAUUAUAACAUCAAUUUGUUAUUGUUCCGCACUCUACUCAAUACAAUGCAUCGUCACAGCUCAUACCUCUCUUUCUUUAUUCACAAAUGACAUUGCGGACUGUAGAUGUACCUUAGGGUGAUCGACAAGGUAAGUCUAUUCAUUACUUGCUAUUCGACCACUCAUGGCAGCAGAUACUUUUUGUUCGAAAACCUCUUUGAACUGUAUCUCAAAUUCUGCUGUUUGCUUUGGUUGGUUUAUCGGCUUGUCUCCUUGUUCUCGAUGUUCCUUCGUCCCCAGGUGAAUCAACAAUACGUAUCAGCGUUUUUGACCGCUGGAAACAUCAAGUUUUUGCUACUUCAUCCAGGAAAAGGCGAGAUCGAAAUCAAGAAUUUCUUUCACGAGGUUCACGAAUUCUACGUCAAGGUAUGUGCCAUUGGUAUAAUUAUUUUUUGAAUUGCGUCGCASCGCAAUGGAUAGUCCGUUGUUCUUCCAAGUUYUACCUUUUCGRUGUUGCAACCGCGCUUAAUGUUCUGUGUUUGUKUUCCUUUCACUUAUUGCCGAUUCUACAAUCUACGUUCRUUKUGUCUAGCUUUCCAUGAACCCAUUUUACAAAUACGAUACACCCAUCACGUCGAAGGAGUUUGACAAGAGGGUACGCGCGGUUGCGAGGCGAAAUCUUUUCUAGUAGGAAAUGACGCACAAUUGUGGUUUGCAAAAUCUCAUGCUGAAAAGAAUGGACGAAUCAUGGCAUGGAUGGUAUGACACGAGUGUCUUGCCUUGUCGCUAUUGGAACGGUYGUGUAGUGCGGCAAAAGCACUGGUUUCGCUUAGUGCCUGUUAUGGUUUGCUCUCGACUCAGAUUUUUCUUUGCCGGAAGACAAUGGUAUGCGCAGUGAUUUUCUUUCGGCAAAACGACKAUCCUCUUCCCUUUACGGAUAGGAAUACAGAAGAACCGUGUCCAAKAGCGAUCCUCGAGAGGCUUCCCCUUCUAUUCUUGUGUAUUGCAAGCUGCAYAGGCUCGCAAGAAACGCAAAAGAGCGUUUUUGUAUUAACAUAAUAGAGAUUUUUGAAGUGU